AUGAUUGAUCAAUUCCAAUACAGCAUCGGCGUGCCCGCAGAAGAAUUGUCUGGCUAUGGUCCCGGAGGCUAUCAUCCAGUCCAUCUCGGCGAUACACUCGAUGAUGGGAGAUACCGAAUUCUGAAUAAGCUUGGGUUUGGGUCAUACUCCACCGUCUGGCUCGCUCGGGACGAAGAGAACAAGACGAAUGUUUCCAUCAAAAUCGUAGUCGCAGAGCAGUCGCGCAAGCACAAUCACGAGUUGGAAAUUCUGCAAGCUAUCAAACAAAACGGCAACCCUGCCCAUCCAGGCCAUAGACAUGUUUCGCACCUUCUCAGCUCGUUCUAUCAUGAGGGUCCCAAUGGACGCCAUCUUUGUAUAGUUCUCGAGUUGCUCGGUCCCAAGACAUCUUCAAUUGCAGAGGGGCAACCAAAUUACCGUUUCACAGGUCGACUCGCUCGUCGGAUUUCCUCGCAGCUCCUUCUUGCUGUAGAUUAUCUCCGAGUAUGUGGCGUAGCACACGGAGAUAUACAUAUGGGCAACGUGUUAUUUCGGCUUUCGAAUGUCAACAAAACACUCACUAUUGAUGACCCUCAAAUAGGGAAGGUUUCAAAGAAGGAUGGGUCACCUAAUGAGAAGGGGGUUCCGGAUUACCUAGUAGAGCCUGCAGAAUACGGGUAUGGCAAGGGCGAGCUUCUUGGUGAGAUCCAGCUUGUCGAUUUCGGCGAAUCAUUCUUCCUCUCCAAUCCGCCCAAGUCGAUUCACACACCAAUGUCCUUUCACCCGCCAGAACUGGUAUUCCGGCGCCCAAUAACCGAAGCGGUUGACAUCUGGAAUCUUGGAUGCACGACGUAUGAGCUUGUGAUCGGGCGCUCACCACUGGAGGCUUUUAUGGAUGAUCGCGAGUUGAUACCACAGUUUCAGAAGGUGCUCGGUGGUCUUCCUGAGCAAUGGAUCCAAGAAGGCCUGGAAACUGGCGUUCUUGAGGAGAAACCAGACGCAUCCGACGCGGAAUACUUUUUGCCCCUUGAGGAGCAAAUACAAAAGCAAUACGCCAACGGCUACGACAAGGAGACACUUGAUCUUUAA